AAGCAAAGGCAAAGAGUCUCACUCAAUUCCUAAAACCCCAAACACGUUGCGUGGUAAAACCCAGAGGAGCACACUUUCUCACUUCAGAGAGCAUUCCACCAAGAAAGCAGAAGCAGCAAAGCAGGAAGAGAUGAGUGCUUACAACGCUUUUAAAGCUUGUACUCCAGUCGCAUGGAGCCCUAAUCUAUACAUAACCCUUGUAAGGGGUAUCCCAGGCACUAGGAGACUCCAUAGGCGUACCCUUGAGGCAUUGCGUCUUCGCAAAUGCAACCGGACUGUAAUGCGAUGGAACACACCUACUGUUAGGGGAAUGCUUCAGCAGGUGAAAAGAUUGGUUGUCAUUGAGACAGAAGAGAUGUACAAUGCACGUAAGGAGAAACUAGCUAAUCACAAAGCUCUGCGUCCUCCUUUGGUUGUAAAUCAUCAUGCAGCAGCUGCAGCUCCAGCAGCUGAUUCAGUUCAGUAACUGUCGAAACUCUUUCAUGGUCAGUUUUGUAAUUUUGUCCUGCUAAUCGACUGAUGUAGUGCAGCCAAUUAGUACUUUGGAACAUUUGAAAGCUGUUACUAUGAAAUAGCAUUGCACCUUUGUAUUCAGGUGAUGAUACAUUGUUUAUGUGGUGGUUAUUAUUUUGGCUAUAACAUAAUGCAUGAUGCUUCUGGAGUUUGGAGCAA